AUGCCUGUCGUUCAGCGCCGAGCCCAAGGUGAGCAGCGACCCCACUUCAAAGCCACCCCGGUGAUCGCCGUCUAGUUCUUUGCAGCACCCCCACUGACUCCCACUUCCAUCUUAUUUUUGUGACUUGUAGGCAUGGGUGAACCCAUUGCUUCAUUGAGCGCUUCCCCUAGGGCCUUUACAUCAGCGCACGCCAUCAAGGUCGUUGCGAGCCAACCGACGACUCGAGCAGUCGCCGUACGCAGCGCCCACCUCCGCGCUACAACCCGCGCUACUCGACCCACUGCGACUCGUGCCGUGCGAGGCCAAGCCGUGUUCAACACCAAGGUCGCUUCGGGACCCGUCAAAGCCGUCGUCUCAACUUCUGCCAAAUCCGACGCCUCGGCACUUCCCAACCCUAAAGCCGGAGGCGGUCAUUUCGUCUCUGCGCAGCCUUCCAUCGUUCGCUCGGCAACUCGAUCCCAAACAACACUCGCCGCCAAGACAAGAUCGGUCGAAACCGAGUUCUCGACCCCUUCGAAACGUCCUGUCAAGGUCGUCAAGCCUGCUGAUGCCGCGACUAGCGGCGAAGAAGCUAGCGCUUCUACCAGGGCUGCGGCCACUUCUGCUGCUGCAACUCAACCCCAAGCUGCGUAAGUCCUCGAUACAAUCAUGGAGACAGAGAGAAAAUUCAGACUGAACAGGUCAAUCCUCCGCAUUCAGUACCACGACUACACGGAACGUCGCCCCUCAGGGUAACCCUGUUCGACCCGAAGAUUCAGUCACCACAACCGAACGAGUCUUUGGCAACAACGCCUCUGCGACCAAAAUCGCAGCCGUCGUCCCCACCCGAGCUCCGACUCAGGUCCAGGCAGUAGCUUCCUCAAUAGCGCCAGCAACGACGCAGAUUGCAACGUCGCCUCUUGCGAACUCGCCUCCUGCGGCGGUGGCUCAAACCCAAGCGGCGGCUCAAUCGAAGUGAGUUAGCUCAGUGGGAGCGAAAUGGCCGCAUUCUUGGUGCUGACGCAGUGAGACAAUUUCCUUCGUACAGCGAAAACACACCGAGCAUUCUUUACGCGAGUCUGGCCGCCACAUCGUCCGAGCACAUCUUCAACGGAGGAUCUUCGACCCAGAUCGCAGCCGUCUCCCAAGCGGCGGCCACAAUGGCGGCCCUUGCUGGAGCGUCGAGCGGUGCCGCUCAAGGCAAUCCUGUACCCGUCUCGGUCGUCGGUGGAGUGAGCGUCUCAGAAAGCGCUCAAGCCUCGGCAACCAUUGCCGGCGGAUCCGCUCCCGCCGCCUCCUCGUCGGCCACGGCCUCGGGAAGUUCGACCGGUACGAACAAGGUCGGCAGCGGCGUUGAUCUCUUUCACAGCUUGCCCCGAUCAACUUCUCUCGCUCUCACCGUCCUCCUCGUCUUCGCCCUCCUCGGUCUCUUGGGCUGCUGCUGCGGGUGCUUCAUCAUGCGACGACGCAGGCGUCGUUCGCGCGGCACCCAGCUCGGCAGCGAGAAUGGCAGCAUUCGGGAGAAGUUCAACGAGAAGUACCCUGGCGCUCGAGCACUCAACGACAACGAGGCCGGCAAUCCGUUCGGCGAUGGUGCUCGAGUCGAAGAUGACGGCGAGGACGACGACAGUAUCCAGCCAGAGGCACUGUGGCGACGCCGCUUGAACCGACUCAACAAUUCGUCUGGAUGGGACAGCGCGAAUCCUCAUAUGCAAGCGCCUCAGUCCGUUGCGACGGCGGACAUGACUGAGCGACGAGGUUCGUUCAGCACGUGGACUUCUUUCGACGGUGUCGGAACCUUCUACGAAGAGUCCGAGAUGGGUGCGGGAAGUCUUCGACAGCGACAGGCUUCGCACGAUAUGGCGAUCUCGGGCUACAGCAUCGACCCGCCCUCCGUCGUCUUCGCUGGGGAGCAGGCUCAACAAGCUCAGCGCUACGGUCAACAUUUCGGCUUGGCAGCCGAUCGUCACCCCCUCGCUAUGUCCUUCAUCCCCCUCACACCUUCGCAAUACUCGGAGCACAGCGCCGACAUGACACCAACUGGAUCGCCGAGCAAGUUGCACCCUUUCAACCCGACGUCACCGGCUCGUGAAGCCUUGCCCGGCUUCGGUCUGGUCACGCUCAGCUCUAAUUCCCCUCCCGUACCCGCUUCGAACAUUCGCCCUCCGACUACGCCAGGAGCCUGGCGCUCCUCCCUCGACAAGAUCAUGGGCUCGGCCGUCGAGUUCCUCGCUGGCAAGUCCGAUAGCCGACGCGGCUCGUACGGCUCGCUCGACGAUCGUUACACGUCCUUCAUGGCCCCUCGUCGUGCUCCCCCGACCCCGCUUGCGCGCGCCAACACGAUCUCGGUCCCUCCCAAGGCCGCCACGACGAUGGGCAUGUUCGGUCCUACCGAUCGCAGCGUCCACCGUCGUCUCUCUUACGACUCGAUCGACUCGAACCCUACCGAUGCGGUCGAGGUCAUGACAGCCCGGCAUCUCGGCUCGGCCAAGGGUGUUCGAACUUCGCUUCAGUCGGUAGGUGCACCGCGGGCCACGAGCGAUACCGAUUCAAUCAAGCCUAGUCGUACAGGUCUUGGUUUGUCCGAAUCGAUCGUCCCCAUCGAUGCGACGAGCUACAAGGUGUCGUCCACGAGCUCGCGUCCUCAUGCGCCAACAAAGAUCCUCGUCACCGCACCUUCCCCGGAGAUGCCCGCGCGACCUUACGCUGGCUUCGCGCCGAUCGAUGAUCCCGAGGACGUCUCCCCCACGUCUUCGCCUCGCGUCAACGCAAGUCCCAAAGCUUUCUCGCCAACGUCGCCGAAUCCUGCUGAGAACCCUUUCGCCGAAUAUAACGCGUCCAUUUUGGAUCGUCCUUUUCCUCCUCGUGAGCGAUCGAACGGGUUGACGCCCUCUGCGACCAGGCCCAUCUUCUCCAUAGUUUCACCUUUUGCGCCUCGCGCCAUGGUACCUCCGUCCCCUAUCGUCGAGGAGGACGAGGGCUCGUCGAGGUCAGGCUCGCCUUCGUCGUUGUUGCACGGUCGAGCGAUCGAGUUGGACGGUAACGAGUCGAGCAACUCGGAGGAAUCGCAAGCACCGACGAUUCGUGCCCGUCGGUCUUCGGCCUCAUUCAGGAACGUCCCUCAAGCGUUGAUCAACAAGGCCAACCGACGACACUCUUUGACCGGGUUGCCGAUCGACCUCCUCCCUUCCUCUGAGCGAAGACGAUCUUCGGCCUCGAGUCAGUUGACUCUUAGGACGGGCCGGACCGAACCAAUUUCGAAAGCUUUGAGCGUCCGUCGAUUGAGUUUCGGUAUCGCCGCCCCUUCGCGACCGUCGUCCGUAGCGAUCCGUCGCUCCGCAUCAGUCGACAUGACCGCCGCCCGAGCCCCCGUGGUCGCCGACGAGGAAUCUUCCGUUGCUUCUUCGGAAGGAAGUGAUGAAGGUAGUGAGCAGUUGAGGUUGACGCAGCAGCAGAAGGAGAAGAGGUUCGAGCAGAUGGAGAGGACGAGGAGCUUGAUGGCUGAACGAAGGAGGAGGAGUGAGGGCGAGUUGAUCCCUAGGGCUUAG